AUGAGUUCUAGGGCACUGACUUGGCCGCGGACUGCGAAGUCCUCCCUACUGAGACAACAAGCUUCUCCCUUCGGUGGUCAGCCAACCCUAGGAGCUUCCCCUCACCGGUCCUUUUCCUCCUCCGCCUAUCGGCCGAUCAACCAAAGUGCCGAGUUUUCAUCGAGUAGCAAAAGCUAUGACCGACUAGGUCGUCGGGCCAAGGAAAAGUUAUUGGAUCGUGAAUUUUUCCUCAGCCUGCUGAACUCCGCAUCUACUAAACGAGAGGCCAAAUCGUAUCUGGCUCGCCUAAAAGCACAACACUCCCCGAAAGCGGAGGAGAAGCCGACUCCUCAUAAUUCGAAAGAUAUAGUUACACAAUCCUUACCAUCGGGUGUCAAUCUGGGAACUUUCUAUGGAGCCUCGAGGUCUGUCUAUGAUAGCCCGGUCUUCAGGCAUGACUCAACGCCUCCCCCGCCACCCUUGAACCUCCCAGAGGAACGACUUCAUUUAUCCCUGAUUAAACUCAGGACACCGCAGCUACUUGAUGACUCUAUAAUUGAUGGAGUGGCUAAAACCUUGUCCCAGCUUAAUCGCCUAGGGAUGGCUUGCUGUGUUGUGGUUGACCCAGGAACUGUGGACAAUGCGAAUGCCUUACGUAGGGUCGCUGCAGAACAAGCCGAACGUAUCUCAAUGGCAGUAGAUGCACAGCCAGACUCAAAGUGUGCUCAUUUGGACUCAGUCCUGUCCUUGUCUCCGGCGCAUCCAGAAUCUCCCGCUGUCCUGUCCAGAAAGGCUCUCCUCAACCCGCUACGCGACGGCCAGAUUGUGAUACUUGCGCCCAUCGCCUACACAGAAGAUGUUCCGAAGGCUGUCACUAUAUCUGCAAAUGACGCCAUUCUAGCUCUUACGAAAGAGCUUGCAGGCCUAGCGAUACGUCCUGACCCCGAUGAAGACCCUUGGCUCACAGCCCAGAAAGUCGCGAAGCUGCAGAAAGAGGUCUCGCUGGAUCGAGUGAUUCUACUGGACCCUAUUGGAGGAAUUCCUUCCUUCCGAGGACCGCAGACAUCCCACGUUUUCAUCAACAUGGAGCAAGAAUUUGAUGAUAUCAAGAAUGAGUUGCUUCACGUGCAGUCUGGAGAAGCUUAUAGGGCAACCGCACCCAAACCGGACGAUAAUUCCCUUAAUGGUCAUUUUGAGGGCCAUGUGGACAAUCUACAGCUGUCCCAGAAGGCGCUUGCCAUGCUCCCAUCGACGUCCUCCGGGAUUAUUACCUCUCCAUUAGAAGUCUCCAAUUCAGCUAGGACACCCCAGGCUAACCCCUCAGAUGUAUCUGCAGUGGGGACUCGACGACAGCGAAACCCACUCAUUCAUAACCUACUCACGGACAAGCCAUUGCUUUCUUCGUCGCUUCCUGUGAGCAGACGGGAGGCGAUGAACCGCAGACGAGGCUCUAUCAAUGCGCCCAGCUCUCACACGACUUUUGUCAAGCGGGGCAUGCCUCUCACAAUGAUUCCUAAUCCACGAGUUGAGGUGUGGACGGCGCAGAAUAGGCCACGGCUAAAGCUGGAUGAUCCAAGCAUCGACCUGCCGCGACUAGUCCAUCUGAUCGAAGACUCAUUCAACCGCAAACUGGAUGUGCAAGACUAUCUCGAUCGAGUUAACGAUCGCUUGGCGGGACUCAUCAUUGCGGGAGAGUACGAAGGUGGCGCUAUUCUGACCUGGGAGCUGCCCCCGGGCGUUGAAGACGAUAGCAGCGCGGCCAGUGAAGCUCGGAUGGUUCCGUACCUAGACAAGUUUGCCGUCUUGAAACGCAGUCAGGGUGCCGGUGGCGUGGCCGAUAUUGUGUUCAAUGCUAUGGUCCGCUCCUGCUUCCCCAAUGGAGUGUGCUGGCGCAGUCGCAAGGACAAUCCGGUGAACAAAUGGUACUUUGAGCGAUCUACGGGGACGUGGAAGCUAUCUGACACCAACUGGACAAUGUUCUGGACAACUCCAGGAUUGGCGGAGAAUUCACAAAAGUUCAAUGAUUAUGAGCAAGUCUAUCGCCAUCUCCUUUUUAACAGACUGGGGGGGGGCAACAACCAAUUUGAUCGUUCCAUCAUUCGUUUAGGAGUCCUUCUCCUUUUGUUUGACGUCUAUCUAACCUGGACACGCAUUGAGAAGUCCCCGUCAUUGGCCACCACCUUCCUCUCUCGCGCGCCUAUUGUUGUACAAUACUUCUUUUUCCUGGGUCUAAAUGCGCUUGCGACUCUUGCUCAUCAUGUCACUAUCCGCCUCCUAGCUUCCAUUCUUGCCCCAACGCCUCGCGGCUUGAAGCAAAGUGGCAGCAACUCGACUACUAGCACAACAGACAGCCUCCUCUCUACCCCCUCCACUCCUGUACAUCCCUCUCCUCCAUCGCGAGGCACAUAUGCACAGUCGCAACUAUCUCCCACAAUAGCCACCAUGUUGAGCCCGCCCAGGCUCAGUCGGCAAGGCUCUUAUGAAAUAUCAUCCUCGAGUGGGAACUUCUCGACCGCAAACAAUUGUGGAAGUGAUAACUCUAUCAUUCCUCCUGCUCCCCAUAGCUCAAUUCCACCGCCGCCUUUGCGCCGUGCCUCUACAGCCCCAAUCCAAAGCAUCCAGCCUCUACCUCCUCCGUCCCCCGCCAGCCCUACCGCCAUCAGCACGGCUCUCCUCAGAAUCACUGCGGUACCCGAUCAGGUCUAA